AGAUGUUGUAUAUAAUAUCAGUAUUGAAACAUUCAUUGAAGUACAUUCAAUCAAAUGGCCAUCAAAGGAAAGCGUUGUAAAAGAAUGCUUAAUGAAAGGAAAAUCAAAGGAAGCAUGUCAUAACUAUGUACGUAUUUUGGCUAAAGAUGAUAAUCAAAGUAUCCUAAUUUGUGGUACUAAUGCAUUUCAACCGAUGUGCCGGAAAUAUGAGCGUGAAACAUAUGAUGAAUAUCGACAAAGUUUAGAAUUUUCCGGACUUGGUAUUGCACCGUAUGAUCCAAAUCAUAAUUCAACAUUUCUUCGUGAUGGUGAUUUAUUAUAUGCUGGAACAGUAUCGGAUUUUUCCGGUGCCGAUCCAUUGAUACAUCGACGAAAUAUUACAAAAAUUAUUGAUUUGGGUAUCCGUACGGAACGAAAUGAUAUCAAAUUUCUGAACGAACCACAUUUUGUUGGUUCAUUUCGAGACAGUGAAUAUGUGUAUAUUUGGUUCCGUGAACAAGCGGUUGAACAUGAAUCGUGUAAUGAUGGUGCUAUAUAUUCUCGUAUUGCUAGGCUUUGUCGAUUAGAUAAUGGUGGUCCAAGGCCUUAUUCGAAUGAAUGGACAUCAUUUGCAAAAGCUCGAUUAAACUGCUCCAUACCAGGCCAUUAUCCGUUUUACUUCGAUCAGAUAGAAGCUAUUGCACCACCGGUAAAUAGCUUUUAUUCAUCGGAGAUGAAACAAUUAGUCUAUGCGGUAUUUCGUAGUCCAUUAGCUGGUAUCUCAUCAUCAGCCAUUUGUGCUUUUGAUAUUCAACAAAUUAACAACGUUUUCUCACAAUCAAAAUACGGCGAUCGGAGCAAUUUGCAAUCACUGUGGAUGAGCGCAUUUUAUAGUGACACAUCAAAAUAUCGACCCGGUAAAUGCACAAAUAAUUCCCGAUUGCUACCGGAAGAAGCGGUAGCAUUUGCGCGAGCUAAUCCGUUAAUGAAUGAAGCUGUACCAAAUUAUUUUGGUGCACCAAUAGCAAUACAUACGGGAUUGGAUCAUUUUACACAGAUUGUUAUUGAUCCUCAGGUAAAAGCCAUUGAUGGUCAUUUGUAUGAUAUUAUAUUUAUUGGUACCAAUCAAGGUAAUGUUUUCAAAAUGGUGAAUUUGGCCGGUAUCAAAGCUAUCACAAUGCAACCAUCCUAUCAUAUCUGCACAUUUGAAAUUAUUAAUGAACCAAUUCGAAAUAUGAUGCUAUAUCAGGGAAAUAUCGGGGAUUUAUCUGUUGAACGAUAUCUUAUAGCUGUAAGUGAACGAUCUGUUGCACGUGUUCCACUUGCGCAAUGUAAUCGAUUUAAUACGUGUACCGAUUGUGUUGCCUUACGUGAUCCACAUUGCGCAUGGGAUUUAGAAGCUAAGAAAUGUGUAAUGUUAAAUAAUAAUUCAAAUGGGAUAUAUGAACAAGAAGUGAUAACAGGUCAAUCAGAAGGUUGUGGUACCUUAACCGAACAUCAGCAUUUCUUCAAUCCUGAUAUUGCACCAUCGAUUGUUGCUAAAAAUGAGGAAUCUUUACAAGAUGUAUCAUAUAUUCUUCCAUCAUCAAAUUCUCCAAUAAUCAAUAAAAAUUGUACAUGUGAAGAGAAAAAGCCAAUUCCGGCUUGUGCUUCCAGUAGUGGUAAUUCAGGUUCAUUCGGUGUAAUAGCAGAAUCCACCGCAUAUUCAUUCCUUGAUCAUAGUUUUUUUAUACCAAUACUUUGUGCUACCACUGCAACAUUGGCAAUAUUUUUCGGUUUUUUUGUUGGAAACUUAUAUUGCCAUUGGAAAUUACCAAAUAAAGCAAAGCCUUCACCAUGUGAAUCAUUUAGUACCACAACUCCUCAACCUGUUUAUGGUACCAGAUUAUCAUCAUCAUUGAGUAUUAUUAAUGCAUAUGAAUCAAUAACAAAAUUUAGCGGAGCUAUUCCACCACGAUCUGACUCACCCAUAUCACUUGUGGUGGAAGAUUUAUCACAUUCAUCAUCAUUUGUGGAGAAAUUAAAACAAUCAAAAAAUCAUCGCUCCAAUCAAAUUUAUUUGUAG